AUGCGUCUACCAUACGUCCCUGACCCCCCGAAUUUCACGUCCGAAGAGGAUAAAGCCGUCGAGCAGCGCGUCAGACAACGGCGAGGCGAGAAGGGUCUCAUAGCUCUAGACCGAACAUUGCUACAUGCUCCUCCCAUUGCUGAUGGAUGGAACUCAUUCCUAGGUUCAAUCCGCACCAAGACCAGUCUCCCCACCGCCAUCCGCGAAACAGCCAUAUGCCGCGUCGCCGUGCUAAACAAAGCAUGGUACGAGUGGGAGUCGCACUCACCAAUCCUCGAAUCUGCAUCGGAUGUCUCCAAGGCGCAGGUUGACGCAGUCCUGAAAUCCGAACCUCGACAACCGCUUGAGAUUCUUGGAGAUAAGCUGUCCGCAGUACUAGCGUACACCGACGCCAUGACUCUGGACGUCCGUGUCCCUGAUGCUGUAUUUGAUAAAUUGAAGCAAGCGCAGUUUAGUGAGAAAGAAAUAGUUGAAAUUACGGCUACGAUAGCGGCGUACAAUUGCGUAUCUAGGUUUCUAGUUGCGUUAGAUGUUGGGGAGAGGAAUGCGCAGACAGGGCCGAAGGAAGGGGGUAAGGAGUAG